UCUUGCCGCUGCUCCACAUGUCAACAAGCGGCUCACCGCGGACCUGACAUCACAGCUCCGGUUCAGCCCGUGACACGCACUGACUCCGACUGUGGGACACUUGGGUCCGAGUUGGUCUUUACAGCGGUUGAUAUAUAAGACAUCAGCAGAAAUGCAGGCCUUUUUGAAAGGAGCAACUGUUCAAACUACCAGACCCCAGAAAGACAAGUCGGCAGCGGGGCUCAGUACAGAGAAGAAAGCCAAGGCUAUUCCAUGGGUAGAAAAAUACAGGCCUAAGUCUGUUGAUGAGGUGGCCUAUCAGGACGAGGUGGUGGCAGUGCUUAAGAAAUCUCUGGAAGGAGCUGAUCUUCCCAACUUACUGUUCUAUGGUCCUCCUGGAACAGGAAAGACCUCAACCAUCCUAGCUGCUGCCAGGGAACUAUAUGGUCCUGUGCUAUACAGACAGAGGGUGUUGGAGCUCAAUGCCUCAGAUGAGCGAGGCAUCCAGGUUGUCAGAGAGAAGGUUAAGAACUUCGCUCAGCUCACUGUGGCUGGGACCCGCCAAGAUGGGAAGCCAUGUCCUCCUUUUAAAAUAAUCAUCCUGGACGAAGCAGACUCCAUGACAGCACCAGCUCAGGCCGCUCUCAGACGAACCAUGGAGAAGCAAUCGCGCACCACCCGCUUCUGUCUCAUCUGUAACUACAUCAGCAGGAUUAUUGAGCCUUUGACGUCCAGAUGUUCCAAGUUUCGCUUCAAACCUUUAGCCAAUCAGAUACAAGAAGAACGCCUGCUAGCUAUCUGUGACAAGGAGAACCUCAAGUACACUAAACAGAGCAUAGAAGCAUUGGUGAGGGUGUCUGAGGGAGACCUGCGGAAAGCCAUCACCUUCCUCCAGAGCGCUGCACGCCUCGGCGUCGACAAAGAGAUCACAGAGAAGGCUAUCACUGACAUAGCUGGGGUCGUUCCUCCAAAGAUGAUCGACAACUUGCUCCAGAUUUGCUUCAAAGGAACAUUUGAGAAACUAGAGAUUGCUGUCAGGGACAUGGUGGAUGAAGGCUACGCAGCCACAACGAUUCUGAGUCAGCUCCAUGAGUCGAUCAUAGAACAGGACUUGAACGACAAGCAGAAGUCGGCCAUAACAGAGAAGAUGGCGGUUGUGAGUAAGUGCCUGUCAGAUGGUGCAGAUGAGUACCUGCAGAUGUUGAGUCUCUGUUCAGUCAUCAUGCAGCAGUCCUCCCAGAACAACUAAAGCUCCACAAGUCAGCAUCCGCUGCCCAGGAACUGCGCUGCCGCCUGCUUCAAACAAGACUAACAGCCUCACUGAGACAUAAGCGCUUCACAGACUGGACUCGGCUCGUUUAAUUUGAGACAUUACUCCAACCGGUGGAUACCAGAUGAUGGUGUCAGAGUUGCCUGUCACUACUUCCAUUCUACUUCCUGUCUCCCUUUACUCUAUAGUGAGCACUUCAAACGGCACAGCUGGAUGAACCUGCUGUUACUGAUGAACCACCAUUCAGAUGUUUCUCUAUUCCACUUAAUUCUUGCAACUCUCCAAAAUAUUUUUGGACACUUUUUCUAUUUUGUGAAAUAAUAAAUACUUUUCUGUAU